UGAGCAGCUGUGAGUCACGUUGCGCCGCGUUCCCGUGGUUUCUGGUGACCCCUGCGGGAUACGAAUCCAGACAUGCCACAAUUUACGAGGGACGCGCCCAGUCAGCCAGCCAGUCAGCUACCAACGGGGACUCGUUUGGGCGCGACUCAUUGAACAUAACCAAAUCACUGGGCUUUCAUGGCGCCGCCCCAGGGGGGAUUAGGUUACCUCUCUCCCCUCCGCUUCUUCCUCCAUCUUCAAGCUUGGUAGGAGGGCAGGGAGGAGGGGAGAGACGCUGGGUGUUAGGGUAUGUACAUGUCUGGCUCUAGGUUUGGUGUGAUUUAUAAAAGGUCUUUUUUUCUUAGCCUCCCCAGAUGAAGACAACUCGCCCCGCCCUCUCCCUAAACGUGUUCCUGUCACUGGCCUUCCCUUCUGGCCGCCGCCUUCCCCUAUUGGCUGGCGGGCUGUUUGUUGCUGGCGUCUUCUUCUCUUAUUGGCGUGGCACUGCGGGUGCCAACUGUUUCGACGGUCAAAUCUUUGAUGCAUCACCCUCGCAGCGGAAAAGUGAAGGUGGAGACGUAAAUCCUAUCCAAAGUGACGCUUUGCUGCGCCAGUGCCGGCGCCUUGCGCGGUGUUGGUGAGAGGUGAACACUAAGUGCAUCGCGGUGGCACUCUGGCAGGGCGUGACAGGGCGGGGCCUUGCGGGGUGAGGGCGGGAGUGUCAGGUGACCCCAGUGUUCACCCUGACUCAGGUGAGGCCACCGGUGCCAGCUCGCUGCUCAGGCCGCCCCCGCCAUGUGACGCCCGUGCCAGUCACGCCUUCCUGCGGGGCACUAGCCACCCGCCGCCGCCGCACACGUCGUGACGCCUAAAAUAGAGCAGUGACUUGGUGAAUGACAGGCUGACCCUUGUCGCCCCGCUAUGGUGACCCUGCGCGGUGACCCCCCGCGCGCUGCGCCGAACACACGACGGUGACGGGGAGGAGUGAUGCCCGCGCGGCCCCAGUGAGUGACAGUGCUGCGCCGAAAUGAUCCAGGGGGCACCGCGUGGCGCCCCGCAUGUGUGUGCGUGCGUGUAGUGCAGCAGAGGAAGCGGGAGACAGGCAGGCGACGCAGCAGGGUGGCGGGGCUACCGGCGCGGCACUAUGAUGCCGGAGCUCCGUUCGUGCCGCUACGACACGCGCUACGCCGACAGCCUUUCCCCUGACGGGCGGCCGUACUCCGUGUCCCCGAGCUUCCCCGGACACUCCCACGGCCACGCACACCGCCACUGCUCGCCCCAGCGUGAGCCCCGACCCUCCUCGGCGGACCUAGCCGAGCCCUUCGUCACGAGCCCGCAUUCCCGGCAGCACGGUCUCCUCAAGUCCGAGGAUGAGUUUAUGGAUGAGGAUGACGCCCACGUGCCCCACGUGCUGGCACCCACAACACAUGCCGCUGGCCACGCCCACGCUCGCACCUGCUUGCUGUGGGCAUGCAAAGCGUGCAAGAGGAAGAGCGUGACAGUGGAUAGGCGGAAGGCGGCCACGAUGAGAGAGCGGCGGAGGCUGCGCAAGGUGAACGAGGCUUUCGAGAUCCUAAAAAGAAGAACCUGCAGCAACCCUAACCAGCGCAUGCCCAAGGUGGAGAUCCUGCGCAACGCCAUCGAGUACAUCGAGUCCCUGGAAGACCUCCUGCACGGGACGCCCUCACCUGGAGCCCCGGACCCUGACCACGCACCUGAGAACACCUGCGCCUCCUCCCACUACCUGAGUUCCGGGGGGUCAGGCUUCUACCAGGAGAGGUCAGGUCACUACGGGGACGCCGCCGCCGCCGCCUACACCACGCUGACCGGACACGAGCAUGGAGGCAGUGGGCGAGGUGGAGGGGGGGUCAGUGGUGGAGGGGGCGGACCUGCCUCCACCUCCAGCCUGGACUGCCUCUCCCUCAUCGUGGAGUCCAUCAGCCCCUCCACCACCGGCAUCAUCAACUCGGUGGCGGACAAGGGCUCGUAACACCCUAUAGCUGUCCGCCUCGCAUCCAAGAGAGAGAGAAAAGCCCCUUGACAGCCUCCCCCUUUCCCUCCUUCCCUCCCUACCUUCUUCCUCCCUUCCACCCUUCCUCCUCCAUCUUUUCUAUAAUAAGCAAGCAACAUAACCUAAAUACCUUCAGAAGUGCCGCUGGAAAGGCAAGUCACGAUACUUUGACUCAACAACUCAAUUCCACUCAAACUACCCAAGACAGACAAGCAAAACAGCGCUUUCCAACACAUGGCCAGUAAACACUCGCUGACGGGCGUCUUCCGAUGGACAGCCGCACCGCGAAGGAAGCAGCCGUGGAUGUGAACGAUUUCUUGUGGUCAAACUACAGUAUGACGUAACUAAAAGGUCUGGACGACUAAAAUCAAAGGUUUAUGUACUUACGAAGUGGGUUGAAGUGAUCGCAGUGUUAUCGGCCAAGCGAUGCGAUAACAACACGUGCUGCAAAGGUUCGUCAGCAUCAUGCAAGUAUGGUACGUCUUAGAAUUAUGAAAAUACUACUGAAAAUAAACAAAAUAUAGCUGACAGGAAUAAAGAAAAAGAAGUGAGCCUCUCCUGACGGCCAUGAAAGUACGGAACACAUAAGAGAAGUGAACGAAUAGAAAAACAUAAAAAAGUGAUUGCAACGUGGAUAUUGAAGUGCCUGUCGAGUGUUAGCCGAGACGCGAUGACGCCACGUGCCUCAAAAGUUCACCGCCAUCACGAGGAACAAUGAAGGCGUUGGGGGGGGGGAGGGGAGGGUGCCAGGCUGCAGGGACAAGGGUGCCGUGGCUGCGCGGUGCCAGGACAGACUAGCUUGUGCCGUGAGAAGCGGAGAACCAGUGCCGCUGUGCGCGAGGACCCGUCAAAACAGUGUAAUUACGGUGACAAUCUUCGCACGGUGCAUCCUGUAUAGUUCUUGUUCCGCGGACUUUCCAAACCUACGCAGCACAAUUUUUUUAAUAGUUUACAAUUUCUUGCAUACAGUUUUUUUUAUGUAUCUGUUAUAAAAGCAUUUAGUGUGUGUGUGCGUGUGUGUGUGUGUGUGUGUGUGUGUGCAACUCCUCUCAGAAAAAGAAACAACGUACCGGUAUCAAAAACACACACACACACACACACACACACACACACACGGACGCACGCACGCACACGCAAACAUACAAGUAAAUAGAUAUAAAAAAAGAAUGUACUUGCAUGAAAACAAGGUGAAAUUAGAUGCCGGCCAUGUCCUGUCACGGCCAAGCUAUAUGAAAAUGCGUCUCACAUUGUUAACAUUUUUUUUCUGCUUACUUUAUCUUGCAGAACAGAAUGCAAUACUCAUAAUCAAUAAAUAUUACCAGAUAUGA